AUGGGAACCAAAAAUGGUACAGUUGUGACAGAAUUUAUCCUCCUUGGACUGACUCAGUCUCAAGACAUUCAGCUUCUGCUCUUUGUGCUGUUUUUAAUUUUCUACAUUAUCAUCCUGCCUGGAAAUGUCCUCAUCAUUGUCACCAUAAGAUCCGACCCUAGACUCUCAGCCCCACUCUACUUCUUCCUGGGCAACUUGGCCUUCCUGGAUGCAUCCUAUUCCUUCAUCGUGGCUCCCAGGAUGCUGGUGGACUUCCUCUCUGAGAAGAAGGUAAUCUCCUACAAAGCUUGCAUUACUCAACUGUUUUUCUUGCACUUCCUUGGAGGAGGGGAAGGUUUACUUCUUGUUGUGAUGGCCCUUGACCGCUACAUCGCCAUCUGCCAGCCUUUAUACUAUUCAACUGUAAUGAGUCCUAGAGCCUGCAACGUAAUGUUGCUGGCUCUGUGGCUGGGAGGCUUUGCUCAUUCAAUUAUACAAGUGGCCCUUAUCCUGAACUUGCCCUUCUGUGGUCCAAACCUGCUGGACAACUUCUUCUGUGAUGUUCCCCAGGUCAUCAAGCUGGCCUGCACUGACACCUUUGCAGUGGAGCUCCUGAUGGUCUUCAACAGUGGUCUGCUCACCCUCCUGUGCUUCUUGGGGCUUCUGUCCUCCUAUGCAGUUAUAUUAUGCCAUGUUCAUAACUCAGCUUCUGAAGGGAAGAACAAAGCUGUGACCACAUGCACUACUCAUGUCAUUAUCAUACUGCUUAUGUUUGGACCUGCAAUUUUCAUCUAUACUCGUCCAUUCAGGGCCUUACCAGCUGACAAGGUCGUUUCUUUCUUCCACACAGUGGUAUUUCCAUUGAUGAAUCCUGUGAUUUAUAUGCUUCGAAACCAAGAAAUAAAGGCUUCCAUGAAAAGGUUAUUGAUUCGGCAUAUAGCUUCUUAA